CAAUUAUACUACUUCUUAACUACCACUCGGUUGAGUUAUUAUACCAUUCAGAGUGUUUUUGAGAGCGUUGAGUUGUUCGUUUGCUUGUAGCAUUUUGGAUGGUAUCAAAAAGGAAAUCUUUUGAGAGGCAACGGAGUGGCAAAGUUCCAAUUCAGGACCAUAAACGGAGCUAUGAUGAUACCAAGCAAGCUCCAAUCAGUGGCCUGAGAAAUGUGAUCAACGCACUAUGGCUGAAUGACCACUCAUCCUAUUUGGAAGCUUUUGUGCGAAGAGUGGUAAGGGAGGAGUUGGAAAAGAAAAUCAAGGACCAGGCUCAUCUAUUUCCAAGAAAAAGGGUUAAUGAGGCUGGCAUAUCCGGAGCCAAACCCUUCAAGUUGUGCUUUCUUAAUAAGUUACCUAAGACAAUUUAUACUCGGUCUAAUAUCGUAGCAGAAGACGAAUCACUUCUUCAAAUUGCUCUAUUUGAUGUUAGAACUAAGUCUGUAGUAAAGGAGGGUCCCCUUUCCUCACUAAAGAUAGAGAUCUGUGUUCUGAACGGUGAGUUCGGAUCCGAUGACAGUGAGGAGUGGACAGAAGAGGAGUUCAAUUCCAAUAUCUCACGUGAAAGAGAAGGUAGAGAGCCACUCUUGAUUGGAGAGAGGUUUAUUACUCUUAAAAAUGGAGUUGCUUGUAUCACUAAAAUUGCCAUAUCUGACAACUCGAGAUGGCAAAGAAGCAGAAGGUUCAGGAUUGGAGUUAAAGGUGUGCCACCAACUUCCAUUGGAGAAAAGAUUCAGGAGGGUAGAAGUGAGCCUGUUAUUGUGAAAGAUAACAGAGGAGAAUGCUACAAGAAACACUUCCCUCCAUUCUUGGAUGAUGAACUAUGGCGCUUGAAGAAAAUCGCUAAGGAAGGAAGAAUCCAGAAGCAAUUUUCCUUACAUGGAAUUCACACCGUGAAAGAUCUCUUGCGGCAGUGCAUAAGCAACGAAGAAUCACUAUAUAAAAUGCUUGACAUUCCAAAGAAGUCAUGGUUAGCGAUCACUGACCAUGCUAAAACCUGUGUGGUGGAUGAUUACAAGCUUUACAGCUAUUACUCACAAGAACUGCAAAUAGGUUUGCUAUUCAACUCCAUCUACAUCCUCGUGGGAGUGACAUUUGAUUGGGAAAUUUAUUAUUCACCAGAUAUUCUCACUCCCCAAGAAAAGCAUUUGGUAGGAAUAGUGAAGCAGCAAGCUUACAAAAAUGUCAACAAUUUGAAAAUGAUUGAUGAAACUAAAUUGAACUGUUUAAACCUAGACGCAUGUCUAAAAAAAGCAAGACAGUCCGACACUCCAAAUCAAUGUCUGCAACACAUGGAUAUGCCAACUGCACAAGGUGAAGCAGUAACAUUCCCAGAUUACAGUCAACCAUCCAUCUCUACUUCAUAUACUGAUGAAGUAAUGCACGAUGGCCAAAUUUAUGCCGAUUCAGAGCCAAGCACAAGAGAAAUGCCGCAUAACAGUAAUGUGUUUGAUGAAUUUUCCUCUGAGAUAUACAAUGAAGAGGAUAGUUGUGACUUUGACGGAUCGUGUUUUCCGUUCCUUGAAGGUGGAUAUUCGAUAGAGAAUGAAAAAUGGGAACCAACAAGUGGCAUGUUCUUUGGUUCUUAUGAUGGAGAAGAAUUUAGCCCUUAUUCUACUUUCAUAAAUUCCAGUGUGGACAUAUCAAGUAAUGGCAAACCCAAAGCAGCGUGGUGUAAGAUUGGUUUUGCUCUGAAAUGGGUUAUAUCAGCGAAAAGGAGGCAUGCAGCUGCCAAAAAGAAUGCUCAGCUCUUUUACCAUAACUAGUGGGACUCUGUUUUAUACCUAAAAUGUGCCUACAAUCUAUAGGAAAUUAGUUCCUGAAUGUGUUUGUUUUUUUUUUUGCAAGUUUAGCUUCUUUAAUUUCUACUUCACUAAAGAGAUGUGUGAGACGGGUUCCUCGUCUACAUCCUAGUGCUGGAUUGCUUAGGUACAAUUUGUGGUUGUUGUAUGUAAUAUCAAGUUUUCACUUACUUACUGAUUCGUGAUCAUUUCAAAAUUUAUUCUGUUCAAAAUUUGAA